AUGACCUAUGCCAAUCGCGAUCGCGCCCUAGACCAAAUCCUCCUUUACCGAGAUCGACAAUACUUGUCGGGGUUCUGGCUCGUAGCCGAAGUUUCUCUUACCUAUUCACGCCGGCUCCACAGAUUGUAUCUUUACGACUUGACUGAGACGCAGAGCACUGAUGCUGAUGACAACAAAUCCGAACGUUACACAAACAUCCAAAGUUUUUGCAUCUGUAUCUAUCGAAUUAUGGGAGGGGCAAAAUACCACACCUGA